CGUUCAUCCUCCAGUCGCGAUCCCGUUCGCCGCGUUUGGUUUGACCUCUUCCUCUCCCUUUGAUCGGUUGUUGCCUUAAUUGAUUCGCCUUUUACUCUCCCGCCUUCUCCUUCCUCCGCGGUCCGAUCCGAUCACGUUCCCCGCCAAGCACAAUGUGGCGUUCCUUCUCUUCCUCAACCUCGCGAACCCUCCUACGCAAUCUAUUCACCUCCAGACCGGCGAAGCACCCUAUCCCUCCCUGCCUCCUGCCGCUUCCCCACCGCUUCUGCUCCUCCGGCAACGAUGCGUGCGACCAUAGAUCGCCGCCGACGGAGUCGAUCACGCUCGAGGAGGCGAAGCGGAUGAUUCGUCUGGCGAACGUAGAGGCCCUGAAACGGAAGCUGGAGAGCGAGGGAGAGGAGGUCGUCGGGUACGCUCAGCUUCUGGAGGAGUGCGAGGGGAUGGGAGUGGCGCGCUCCCGGAACGAGGCUGCCGCCUUUGUCCGAGCGUUGGAUGAGGUCGGCGUCGUCCUCUUGUUUAGGGACAAGGUCUAUCUCCGCCCCGAUAAGGUUUUGGAUCUCGUCAGAAAGGUUGUUCCCUUUGCUCUGACACCUGAGAAUGAUCCCAGAAGAGAAGAGUUGAAGGAAUUGCAGAAAAAGAAAGAAGAAAUUGACCAGCUUGCCCACAAGCAGGUUCGACGCAUGCUUUGGUCAGGGUUAGGCUACUUCGUUCUUCAGAUUGGUCUAUUCUUUCGACUUACCUUUUGGGAAUUCUCAUGGGAUGUCAUGGAGCCGAUAACAUUCUUCUCCACCGCAGCUGGUAUCAUUGCAGGAUAUACCUAUUUCCUUGUUACCUCAAGAGACCCAACUUACCAAGACCUCAUGAACCGGCUGUUCUUGUCUAGGCAGCGGAAACUAAUUCAGAAACACUAUUUUAACGUCGAAAGAUAUAUCGAACUGCAAAAACAAUGCAAGCAUCCACGGGAGAAUGUAGAGUCAUGGCAUUCUUAAUCUAAAACUACUAAUUGCCCUUGUUUUUAUUUUAAAAAUAGAUAAAAACUUGCAAUCUUGGAUGCAUUGCAGAAUGCUUCAUGACAAGUUUGUAGCUGAAAGUAAAGAUUAUGGCAUCGAAUGACUG